AUGGUGGUCCUGAACUCGCUCGUCACAGUUCGAGCCUUCUUACGUUACAUCAACCUCAUCGAGAAGUGCAACAAGGGAACGACAACAACGAUUCAGCUAUUUGAUAGGAAGCCCUCGGUCCCCAUCGGAAAAGGCAUCCGACAAAGAGACAACGUCUGUCCGAAACUGCAAAGACGGACGGGAAGUCAAAGGCAUGAACAUUGACAACAAGGUCCUAGCGCAACUUUGAUUCGCCGACGACAUCGUACUUUUCGCUAAAAACAACGCCGACUUGUCGUCUAUGCUCGAAGAGCUUGACGCUGUUGGGAAACAAAUCGGGCUCCAGAUGAACAAUAAGAAGACGCAGUAAAUGAGAACAGAUUGUGCGACCAAGGCAACGUCACGCUCCAAGGCUGCGACCUGCUCAAGGUUAAAUCCUACGUCUACCUCGACCGAGAAGUGAACAUGAAAGACGACCUGAAUUCGGAAAGUGGGAGGCGUACACGCGCGGGCACGGCCGUCUUUUCCUCCAUCAAAGAAGCGACCGAUGAGCUGAAGGAUCCUUAGCUGCGCAGUGCGCACCCCUAUCUUUGAAGCAUCCGGGUCCCCUGCCAUCUCCAGUGCAACCAAAGUCUGGCCCGACACGAAGAACACCGCGGCCGCUCUUCGAAAAUUGGAACGUGGUCUCUUCGACAUCACUCGCUUCGAGCAGUGGAAAAAAAAUCAGAGGAGCAUAGACCUCCGUCCACUGUCUCAAAUUCACAACCUCGAAGAGCGCAUCCAACGCGGGAAACACCGUUUUGGAGAACGUGUGGUCCACACUGAGAACAUCGCCAGCAACUUUGAACCAUCAAAGUAUCAAAAGUAA